AUGUCUUUACUAAAGAUACGGAAUGCCCUAUUCGUGGCAGAGACCAGGAAGCUUGCUGCCCAUAAAUAUGUGUUCCUGAACCCCAUUCAAAAGUUUGAUAUCGAAGAACCAAACACUGGUUCCAAAAAGGCCUUCUUUGCCAUUACCGGACCGGAGAAACUGAACUUAUUGAAUAUUAUCGCCGCCAAAUACAUCCCAGAGCCGCCAUUGGGCCGGGUGUAUCCGCAAUUUAAUGACAUCCAUCGCAGUGACCAGAUCCAGCACCUCAACUUCAGAGAAAACCUGGGUCUUGAUAAAGUUCACAUGGCUGCAAGAUAUGAGUCAUAUUCGUACAAGGGGGUGCUAGAGAUGAAGGACGAUGUCAAUUCCGUGAUCAACUACGUGACCGGCGCCAACAAUUACAACAGUAACACCGCUGUCUCUCAGGAAGAUGGGUAUGUGGAGAAACUUUGCGAUUACUUCAACCUUAACCACUUGCGCAAUAAGUGGAUCAAUUCUCUAAGCAAUGGGCAGAUGAGGAGAGCCAGGAUCAGUAAAGCCCUCAUCAACAAGCCAAGACUCAUUGUUAUCGACGACCCAUUCCUAGGCCUUGACCCACAAGCCACGAAAAAAGUAUCAGACCUGCUCAGGAGGAUUGCGUUGGAGCUCAAUGCCGGUGUGGUAUUGGGGCUCCGUGUCCAGGAUCCAGUUCCCGAAUGGAUCGACAAUUUAGGCUACGUCGAUGAAAGCGGCUUGACAGUUUGCGGUCCUAAAGUUACGGCCAGCGAGGCCAUUGUUGAAAAGCAUAAGGAUGUGCUCAUGUUACACAAAAGGCGCCAGGCCGAGAGUGCUAGAAUUGCGUUCAAAGAGGUUGCGCCUGGGGCGGUCAACGAGGUGGUGGAUCCCAUCGUCGAAUUCAACAAAGCCUUCGUAAAGUACAGAGGCUUGGACGUGCUCAAAGAUUUCACCUGGAAAAUCCAGAGAGGGUCCCGGUGGAGGAUUUUGGGCGAAAACGGGCUGGGCAAAACCACCAUUCUCUCGCUAAUUACUGCCGACCAUCCUCAACUGUGGAGGUCUGUGAUUUCCAUCGAUGGAAAGUUGCGCAAAACUGGACAAGGUGUAAGCUACUUCGAUGUGAACAACAGGAUCGGCAUUUCCUCUCCCGAGCUACAUGCAACAGUUCCUCCCCGAGCCAAAGCCCUUGAUGUGGUGUACAAUGGGCUCGUCAGAGACAUUGGCAACCUGAACUUCAAGUUCAUCUACAAGCACAAGGGACCACUUCCCGACGAAGCGCAAAAGUUGUUGCAAGAGUUUGCGCAAGAGUUGGCUCCGUUGGAGCACAAGCGGUUCUUCGAAUUGUCUGUUUCGCAGCAAAAGCUUGUGCUUUUCUUGAGAGCUGCAAUUAAGAACCCCGACAUCUUGAUCCUCGACGAGGCAUUUUCAUGCAUGGACGAGGAGGCUCUAAUGCACAAGUGCCACAACUACAUUGCCCUGAACAUGAAAACUACCACGGUAUUGGCCAUCGGCCACAUUGACUGGGAGGUACCUGCGCAUGAGCAUGUAAUCAAGCUUCAUGGCGACCUGCUGCGGCAGUACAGCUUUGCUACAAAGACGACCGGCCCCUGA